UCCUGAUUGGAGGAGGGUCUAGAGCGGAAGUAGCCGGAAGUCAGGGGAUGGAACCAGUGGAGCGGACCGGGUUGGGGACUAGCGGCCUCCUCCAUGAGGCCCAGGAGGGGUUCUUCACAGAAAGCGACCGACCCACGGCCGUCCAAGAAGCUGAAAUGUGAAAAGAAGAACCCGGGGAAGUUAGAGGCGCAAAGAGACGACGAUCAUCGCGCCAGUGCCAGCCACAGACUUCGCUCAGGAGAACCUGCAGAUAAGUCCUCCAACAAAGACAAUCCGCACAAUCGCACAAUGAUGCUGCAGAGCGAAGGGAAGCUGGAACACAAGAUGGAUGCCGAAAUGCCAGCAGCAGAGCGACCCAGCCUCUGCAUUCAGCCCUUAGCGUCAGAUUCGGACGUCUCUUUUCUAAAAAGUGACGGCGGAGCUCAUUUCCAGCCCCACAUUCAGAAUGUGGAGGAAGAAGAAGAGGAGGAGGAGGAGGAGGAAAAAGAAGAAGAGGAAAGCGGUGGAGCCGGGUUGUCCGAUGACUCGGAGAUGGAGCCAGAAGAAGCAGAGAACCCGUCGCUGGAGUUGGACAACAGUGCGUUCUUGAACGAGGAUAGUAACCAGCCGCUGCCAGUGGACCGGUUCUUUGGAAGCGUCGCGUUUGUGCAGGAUCCUCCGCCGGCUCCCCUCACAAGGCCCACCCCCAGCAGGAGAGAGUUCCGGAAGGCCCACUUCAUAGCCAAGGACGACGAUGACGAAGAGGAGGAGGAGGAGGUCAUUUGAGGGCCCAGAGGAGACCUUCCCCUUUCUGUUAUCGCUUUCUCUCAUGCAGCCAGGGACUAGAGCUCUAUCUCAACAGGGUGGCCUCUUCUUUGGAAAGGUCCAUACGGACAUGGCCGCAGAGCCAUGGACAGCGGGAUUAAAAGAGGCCAGUUUGGGACUAGUAUUUCCCUGAGAAAACCUCUUUGGACAGCACUGCAAUGGUGAGAGAGGACGCAUAGUUCUCAGAGACCCCGUGGUUUUCUCUCUCGCUGUUAUUAGGCUUGCUUUUCUUGUUUUGGUACCUGCUUUAUUUGACCAAGGAGCAGGUUGUCUGCUUGAUUUCUGCCGCUCACUCUGAAGCUGAGUCUGGGCAUUCGAUGUCCUUGUCCCUCUGGAUGGGAGAGAAAACAUGGCGACCUGUAACUGGUUUUGGGGACCUUGAGUCUUAACAGCACAACCUCUCAAAAGCGGCUUAGAGAUGCAAAGAGAAAUCUUAGGACAAACUAUCUGCACAUUCAUGGUGCCCCAAACUUAUUAUAGUCCUUUCUUUUUCAAAGAGGUUGCCAUCCCUUUUGACUACAAUAUUUUUGUUGGCCAAGGUUUGUGUAGCAGCAGUUAGAGCACUUGAGAACCAAUUAAACAAUACAACACUGCCUGUUUUGCAAAGUUAUUCACAGCAGGGAGGAAUCUUCUCUCCGGGUUUCACUUUUCCUGAUGACAGAAAGGAAAGCCAGAGGCUUUCUAAAGGAAAGUACUCCUCACAUUGGCAAGGAAGUUGCUUUUUCUUUUCAAGGCAGAAAUCAAUAAAAUGUAUAGAAGGCCAGGCAGCUGUUACUCUCUUGUCCAAGCUCUUUCUUCACAGUUUCCAUCUCAAGGGGCAUCUCUCCUAAAACAUGAAAAGGGGGCAUUUUGGACUACAUCUCCCAGCUCUCUAGGCAGUGUAGUCCAAAAUGUGCCUUUCCCAAGCACUGAACUGGUCAGAUAUCCAUUGGUGGCCAUGAAUAUAACAUUCACACUACAGGUCCAGUCUCCCUUAUCCGGAAUUUCGAAAUCUGAAAUGCUCCAAAAUUCAAACCUUUAUUCAUGGGUGGCUGAGAUAAUAAUGGUUCAGUGUCCACAAGCUUUGUUUCAUGCACAAAAUUAUUUAAAAUGUUGUAUAAAAUGACCUUCAGCUGUGUGUAUAAAGUGUACGUGAAAGAUGAAUGAAUUUCAUAUUUAGACUUGA